UCUACUUAUUUGUAUUCUUUUUCUAUUAUAAAUUCCCUCCUCCCUCCUCCCUCCUAAUUCAUCUUUAAGCUCAUAACCACCCAAACCAGCAAACGGACAAACGCUCGCUCCAUCACUUUCCCUCUCUCCCCCCCGCCCCCCCUCUUUUUAGCAUUUUGCUUCCCUAUAUUUUCAGUGUUAGGCUGCUAGCUUGCUUCUGUUUUCUCUUCUUCUGCUCUUCUGGUGAGCUCAUCACUCCUUCGCGGCCUCCUCAAUCUCAUUGAAGUUUUCUGUUUUCUGAGACUCUCUCUCCCUUGGAGAAAUGUAUGCGGACACUGGUCUUUUGUUCCCAUAUUUCCAGAAUUUGUCUCAGGAGCUUCAACAACUCGAUGAGUACUGUAAAACCCAUAAGCCCAAUGCGUCAAUGAGUGACCUUGCUCAGUCUUCUGCCAUGUCGGAGUAUUUUGAUUUGGCAGCAGAAGGAGACCUGUUCAAAGCUCCUGAACCUAUUAUUGAAGAACCAGUCGUAGACUUGGAUCCCAUGACCGCAGCCAUUUCAAUGAUAUCUUGUGGGGAAGAUGCUGUUCCCUCACAGGGACUAAAAGCCUCCGAUUCUCUUCAACAUGAGCAACUCCUGAGCGAGGUUUUCUAUGAAUGCAAAAAAGAUAUGCUAGAAAAGGAAUCAAUUGAGUCACCCCUAUCUGAGAUUCUGGAAAUCAAGGUUCCUGCUCUGAAUACAGAUGAAAACCAAAUUCAAGAAAGUCCUGGCUUGCCAUUACCAAAAAGUGUGAGUUCAGGAUGUUUGAGCUCAAUGGACUGGAUGCAAGGGACUGCAAUCAAGCCUGCUUUUCUUGAUUUCCCAGGAAUGAAUUUCUGUGCAGAUUAUGGCAUGCGAAGGGCAUUUAGUGAAGGAGAUAUAAAGACUCUUGGUAGUGGUAAUACGCACGUUAUCCAAUCUCCGUCAGAGAGGGCCCUUCCCAUCAGUAACUGUACCAGUGAGGAACGCCGAGAAAAGCUCUCUAGAUACAGGAGUAAGAAGACAAGGAGAAAUUUUGGUCGGAAAAUCAAGUAUGCUUGCAGGAAGGCUCUUGCUGACAGCCAACCAAGAAUCCGUGGAAGAUUUGCCAAGACUGAAUAAUUUGACGCCGGGAGGCAAUGUUAGCUCGAGACUGAUUCAAUUGAAAGAAAGAGGAAAUAAAUAAUCAUAUCUGAUCAAGCUAUAUAUGGAAGAACUCGAGAGUACGAUUUGCCUGGAAACAGUGGACGUGGUGGGAUUCAAAAGCUUUGAGCAAUUAAUGCUAAAAAAUUAAAUAAGCCGGACCUACCUUGAACUCCAAUGGGGUAGUGUAGCUGAACUCUCGCAUAUUGUUAUAACCUUUUCUGUAGACAGAAAUGACCUUCUAGGCAUGUACAUAGGUUUGUUGAAUAAAAGGGAGAAAAAAAAGAUUGUAUGGUGUUCAUAUGUAUGUGGGAUAGCAGUGUUAAUUCUCAUUUCAAGUGUUAUUUAUGAAAUAAAUUUUCUGUGUCUUA